UGUGUGAAUCCCCUCGCCCCCCCGGGGGGUCUCCGCGCGCACGUGUUUGGAACGUGUUUGCCUACAGGACUGCUACCAUAUGAGUUCGUGCAGUGGGAGCCCCCCCAUCGCGAGCUGCAUGGCUGUAACGACUACUGUAUGUCCGCUUGGGCCCACAAGUUACUGGGAUCGACACUUUAGGACACGCGGUUCGCCCUUCCGUUUCCAUCCAUUCGCUCCCUACUCAUACACACCGCUCUCAUACACAAACAGCAAAAAUGGCGCCGCCGCUUGGAGGUAAACUCUCGCUUAGCCGGUAACGCUUCUUCCUGUUCCGUUUCCCCAAGCCGUCCGUUUGACAGCUCUCCACAUCACAUGACAGGCUUGAAACUCACCCCUGCCGCCACCGCCGCCUACAACAGCAGCCUCACCACCAGCACCCCCGCGGACCUCCUGAAAGAACUAAGCGCCACAACCCUCUCCUCCAUCGGCGGAUACACCCUCACCCGCACCCUCGGCGAAGGCACCUUCGGCAAAGUCAAGCUCGCCCGCCACCGCCUCACAAACACCCUCGUCGCCAUCAAGAUCGUCGACAAGAUCCACGCCCCCGCCGUCGUCCGCGAAAUCUCCACAUGGCGACACAUGCACCACCCGAACAUCGCGCGCCUGUACGAGGUCAUGACCAGCGAGACGAGGAUCUACAUGGUGACCGAGUUUUGUGAGGGCGGCGAGGCGUUCGACUAUGUGUGUGCGCAUGGGCGGUUUGAUGACACGGGCCCGGAUGUGAGGAGGGUGUUUAGGCAGUUGGUGGAGGCCGUGGGGUAUUGUCAUGACAGGCGGUUUGUGCAUAGAGAUCUGAAACUCGAAAACGUCCUCCUUGACUACUCCCUCAACGUCAAACUGAUCGAUUUCGGGUUCACCCGGGAAAUCAACCCGCGGAACCUGCUUGACACUUAUUGUGGGUCGAUUGGGUAUGCUGCGCCAGAGAUGAUCAUCGGAAAACAAUACGACGGCUCCCAAGUCGACGUCUGGUCCCUAGGCGUCAUCUUCUACACUUUGGUCUGCGGCUACCUCCCGUUUGACGACGACAACGAAUCCACAAUGAAACGCAAAAUCCUCGCCCUCGACUAUGACCUUCCCGCCUUCCUCGCCCCGGACACGUGUGCGCUCAUCAGGGCGAUGUUGAAACUCGAGGGGAGGGAAAGGGUUACGCUGAAGGGGAUUUUGGGGGACGGGUGGUUU